UCUCUGAGCAUUCAAACUUUGUAAUGUGAAGUUACGAAAGCUGGAUUGAGGGGAAGAUGAAAAUGAAAUCUUUGAGCAGUGUAGGGGUUGGUUUGAGCAUAGUUUUUGGGUGUCUUUUAUUAGCUUUGAUUGCUGAAAUAUAUUACUUGUUAUGGUGGAAGAACAGGUUAAGAACAAGCUCAGAUCUUGAAAAUGAUUUCAAAAACCCAGAAAUUAGAUUUGCAGAAGAACAGCAAUGCCAUCAUCGUCAUCAGCAGCAGCAGCAUAAUCUGCAACCGAACAAAGAUUUAAUGUUGAAGCCUUUUGAUGGAGACCAUGGAAAUGGAAAUUUUGAGCAGCAACCUGGAUUUCUCUUCACAAUUAUUGAAGAGACAAUGGAGGAUCUGGAGUCUCUUGAAACCCCUUAUUUAACCCCUUUAGCUUCUCCACCGUUUUUUACUCCCCCACUAACUCCAAUCGAUGUUUGUUUCGCUCACCAAUUCGGAUUCAACCCUUUGUUUGAAUCCAGAACUGAUGCAGACUUCGAUAGGUUAACUACAUCAUCUUCGCCUCCUUCGACGAGGUUGAAGUUCUUGCAAGAAGCUGAACUGAAGCUUCACAGGGAAACACUAAUGGAAGAUGUUCAUAACAAUGGCGGGUUGAAGUUUUCUUCAGCUUAUCUCGGAGAUGAAGAAGAUGGAUCUUUUAUCACGAUCAUCGUUGAUAAGAGCAAAGAAGAAGGGUUUGACCGCAUUAAUCAACAGCAAAUUCAUACUUCAUUCUCAGGUACUUCGUCUUAG